AUGGACCAAUACCCCAUAAUUCUUCGACCAGAGGGUGGUUCUCGCAUCAUAGCUACUGGGGCUACAGGGAUCAUUUGUCAGAAUUCCUGUCUUCCCGAUCAAGUCAUCAAAGCCCCUCUCAGAUAUGACCUUCGCAAUUGUGAUACAGAAACUAGGGCUACAAUUCUGCACAACCAGGAGCAUGCUCAGUUAUGUUUUGAGCGUGAAAAGUCUAUCUACCGAGCUUUACCAAAGAAUGACAACAUACUCGACUUCAUCACGAUUACGGAUACGUCUAUCCACCUCCCCUUUUUGCGACUCGGCAAUCUACGCGAAUACCUUGAACUCUACAACAAAAAAAUCGAAACCGAAACUCGAGAGCGGUGGGUUGAAAUGGCCGUGAGUGCUAUAUCAUCACUUCAUAGUACUGGCGUUAUUCAUGCCGAUAUUAGCGCGCGGAACUUCCUCGUGGCUAACGACUUAUCGAUAAAACUUUGUGAUUUCUCUGGGUCUUCGAUCGGCGAUCAGCUUCCCCUUGUAGAGGAAGAAGAUCGAUACCGUACGACACCUGACUCCCCGAGGUCUCAGGCGACUGACAUUUUUGCUCUUGGGUGUCUCAUUUUUGAGAUUACUACGGGUAUUCGCCCUUACAAUGAGAUCCCCGACGAUGAAUUUGAGAGGAUAGAGUACCUUUACUCUAUCGGGCAGUAUCCAUGUCUCAGAGGGAAUCACUACGAGGCGAUUAUUCACAAAUGCUGGACAUCACAAUAUAAGGAUAUUGGGCAGCUCCAACAUGAUUUGAAAGAAAGACAACAGAAAAUACUGCGCCAGGAAUCUAGAGUUCUCAUGGCCGUCGCCCCAGCUAUUCUCUUUGUAGCUGGCGCACUUCUCAUCUCUCGGCGUGGUAAACUGUGGAGCCUGUUGUAUGAAUGA